ACAAAACCGAUUGUUACUUUCAAUAUAACCCUGUAUACGCAUUUAAAAUCGAGAUGAACACCUCCGGUCGCUCAACGGCCGCGACGCUUCGUUCGCUAGUCAGUUAACAUCUCUCGCCGGAGAUGGAUCUGUGCUAGCGAGCGUAGUGACCGUUUCGGCACGUGUUUAUAUCGUCAAUAUGUCAAAAAGGAUUCGAUUUUGCGAUUUUUACAUUUUUGGCGGAGUUUUGUUAAUAAUUUGUUGGGCGUUGCAAGGAAUCACGACUCAAGAUUUGAUGUGUUGUUCCCACGCGACUGGAUCAUGCAGAAGUAUUUGCGAAAAGAUUUCUUUGGUCCAUUUAGCCGCGGAUAUAGAACUGAGAAACCAUACCAUACAAGAAGUACAAACGUAUUGUUCAACUCAGCUGAAUUCGUUUUGGGAGUGUUUGAAUGCCACUUUCAAAGAUAUGUCGAGAGGUGAUUCGUGGUCGGGUAGAAAAUGUUGUCCGUUACCUCACAGCGAUAGCUGUAGACGAGCUUGUAUUACAGCUACUUCUAGUUUCGAUCUUACCAAAGGCUGUAGGCAUAGCGACGAAAUCGCUUUCUUCAGCUGCCUCGAACGCCAAGAAGCUGGUUCGGAUUGUUGCAAUAAUGCAAGAAACGAAGACUGCAAAUCAGCUUGCGUUGAUUUAUUCCACAGAGAAUUAUCACCUAGUAAAUUACAAAGACAAAAAGUGAAAGAAUAUUGCGAAAAUGACAAUCCUCGCGUUACCGAUUGCAUUAAGAAUCUUAUUAAAGUGACACCUGUUAAAAGCACUCAUAGACAUCUGCAUUGUUGCGAUAAAUCGAAUAUUAUGAAAUGUAGAGAUUCUUGCAAAAAAGUAUUGACUACAAUGACAACCAUUCAAGAAAUUAUUGAUGGUCUUCAAGUUGGCGGUUGCGGUUUACCAAACCCUCAGGAAUACUUCUGGCAAUGUUUUUUAAAACCAGAAAUCGGAUCUGAAUCGUCCUCGAAUUCCGAAAAGAUAUCCAGAAUCGAUAGAGUCGGAAUAGACAGCGCCAAAUGGCAUUGUUGUCAAAGGGCCGCCUCUUCUCACUGCGCUAGAUUGUGUUCGAAGACUUUCACGAAAUUUUGGUCGACGUCUUGGGACGAAUUUAGAAAUAAAUGCCUCAGUCAAGUAGCCGAAGAAAGUUUGAGAUCUUGUAUAGAUGAAGUUGACGAACCUUGUGAAUUGGGAUGCGAUGGACUAAGUUUUUGUACUAAUUUUAAUAAUAAACCAACGGAAUUGUUUCGCGCUUGCACUUCGCAAGCCGACGAAGCUGCGAGGAACGACGUCGCUUUAUGGCAACAACAAAAUAAUAUUUCUCUCGCGCCAGAUUUGACGCUUCCUCUUAAAUCGACAUCGAAAUGUUCUCCGAAUAUUUGGAAAGCCGUCGCUUGUACUCUACAGAUAAAACCGUGUUCGAGGACAUCACACGCUAACCAAAUUUGCAGAGAUGUUUGUUUGGACAUUCUGUAUCAAUGCGUGGAUUGGACUAGAGUAUCUCCCGCACAUUCACCUGAAUCUAUCUGCGAAAUUUUAUCUCCCGAAGAUCCGGACGAUUCCUGCGUAAGAUUACAAACGUAUCUGAAUCCUUCUUCGUACAAAUCCUCGAAAAUCACCGGACAAGUUUUUAGUCCUUGUAAAGGAAAUCCUUGUGAAUCACAUGAAGUUUGUAUGAUAAACAGGGAUUGUAUGAAUGGACAUAAUUGUAAACCUUACAUAUGUACUCCAGGAUGUAAAUUAGGCGAAGUUUCACCUUACAUGGUACCCGACGGUACUUACGUUCGAGUACCUAUACCAAAUCAUCCGGAAGGUUGCGUGAAUAUUUGUAAAUGUACCAAAAAUAAAAUAGAAGAAUGCAAACGGUUAAUCUGCGUGCCAUUAACUUCCUGUCUUCUCGGUAAUACUCAGGAGCUUCACGGAGCUGUUUUCAACCAGGAUUGUAAUAAAUGCAGUUGUUAUGCGGGGGAAACUAUUUGCAGUAUAAAACAAUGCGAAAGUACUAGUUUAAGCGGUAGGAAUACGGCUUACACUACGUUACCUUGUAACUGUCCUCCCCAUUACGUACCUGUAUGUGGAAGAAAUGGAGUCACUUACGCUUCGACAUGUUUAGCCAAGUGCGCCGAUUUGAACGAUGCGGAUAUUGAACAUUAUCCUUGUCAGAAUCCUUGCAAGAUGAAUACGUGUCCUGUUGGUCAAAAGUGUGUUCCGAAUCCACAAGUUUGUUUGACACUAAUGCAAAAACCUUGCAAACAAUACGAAUGUAUAAAUGGUUCGGUAACGUGUUCUCUCCUUCCAAAAGACCCCGUAUGCGACGUAGAUAAUCAGGAAUACGAAAAUUCAUGUCUACUAGCUCACCAUAACGCAAAAUUAGCAUACAGGGGACCUUGUUUAACAAAAUGCAAACACAAAUCCGAAGUAUGCGGUUUUAAUGGUAAAACGUAUCUAUCUGAAUGUGCCGCGUCAGCUGAUAUGGUAGCGGUAGACUACGAAGGACCUUGCGUAGCUAUGGGACUCAUAACAAAUGUUAAAAGUAGACAGUGUCCUGGAGUACAAUGCCCUAAAUUACAGAAUCCCAACUGUAUCGGUGUUACACCUCCCGGUGCUUGUUGUCCUAUCUGCGGAGGUGCUCUUCGUUUACUUUACUCAAAAAAACAAAUAGAUAGAGCUUUAUUUGCUUUACAUAACGUCACAACGAAACCUUUGAAUUUACAAUCGGUACUACAAGCGUUAGAAAGACAAAUACAAGUGGCACAAUGUACUUUGAAAGGAUAUUUAACAGUUGAAUCGGAUAUAUUCGUUAUAGUACAAAGUACGGAAAGGAAUCCAUCGGAUCUUCAACAAGAAGCUUGUAUAAGAGAAGCGGAAAAAAUAUCGAGUCUUAUCACCAUUCAAAGUCCUAGAAUAGUUAGCGAAUUGAGCCUCAGUUCCUUGACCGUUGCUAGUAUAGUACAUACACAGAUAAACGCAUCUGCUAGUUAUCGUUUUAUAAAUUUGAAAUUGUUACUAUUACUUAUUAUAUUUAAUGCAGUAAACAAAAAAUUAUUCACAAUUAUUUGAUUGUAAUAACGUCGAUGGUCACUUUUAGUAAUAGUUUGUUAUCGGUGAAAUAGGUGACCGAAUAUUUUUGUUAUUACCUGACUGAUCCUACCAAAAAUAUAUCGUGAUCAUGCUCAAGAAACUGAGGCCAAAGCAGUAAUAUUUUGAUUUAAAGAUUUAUCAUAUAUAUUAAGAAAAUUAUCUGUGAUACGUUAUUCAUUAAGAAUUGUCUAUCUAUUAUUAUUAAUUUAGUUGUAAAUAUAUAAAUAAUAUGGAACCUCAUUACUGUAUAAAAUAGUUUAGAUGGAUUAAAUUUCCUUUGCGGAAAGAACAAUUGGUAUGGAAGUUAUGUCGAUCCUUAUUUUGUUUUACAAUCAUUUAUUGUAUUUAUUUAAUUUUUUCUAAUAUUUUUAAUCGAUACAGGAUACGGCAGUCGAUCCUGAUUUAUUAUAAUCACAUCACGAUUACUUUUAAGGAAAUUAAAAUCGAUUCUGGAAAAUCUUAUAAACAGACUGUUUUCGAUAAAAUAACUUGACCCGAUGAAGACAUGCCACACUAAAUUAUUACCUUGGUUUAAUGGAAAGAUUGGUGAAGAAGUUGAUGAAGAUUUUGAUCGGUCCAGUACUUUUGUUUGUUCAAAAAUCCCUAGAGAUGAAAAUGUAUCUGAAUUUUUGGAAAAGAGACUUUAAUCUGACACUUAUUUUGUUCGCUGUUUUCAAAAAUCUUCACCCACAACUUUAUCUGGUUAGACUAGGAACUUGCUAAUUUCAUAUUGAGUUCGGUUUGAUAAAACGCUUUCACAGUAAACGCUCGGUGUCUCUAAAUUUAGGUGGGAAACCCCAAAGUUGCAGCUCUGGGGAAGAAUAUAACGUUAACCUUGAAAACUCACCCCGACCAGUUUUAGAAAGAUGCAGAAUUGACUGUCGCACCCUGUACUCGUUUAUUAAAAUGUUACCUACUCGAAAAGUGUCUGAACGAAUUAAAUAUUUCUAAUGUUGCCAAAGAAAAAUUUCUUGAUAAUUACAAUCAUAUUAAAAAAAAAUAAUUUCAUCGCGUUUUUACCCAAUUGUACAUUACAUACAUAAACGUCUAUUUUAUUUAAUUUUGUUGUUUUGUAUCUUAAUUUUUUAUCGAAACAUUUUCCGUAAAAUAUAAUAAAAAAUUUUAACGUUGUU